GUUGAUUGAAGGAUGUGGUUGAGUGUGAGAUGAGGAAGAAAGUGAGGAGGAGGAAGAACAAUGACAUUGACGCUCGGCAAACAAACUCACCGCUGCUACGGAAACGCACUGUUGCACCGUUUUAAAAUGAUAUCUGGACGUGUCAUGUCGCGCUGAGUCGAGGAUGGAAGUGGAGGAGAGCAAAGUCAGGACUUCCUGGAGAGAGUCAGCCGAGGCCAACAACUGGGACCACAGCGCUAAGAAGAGGAAGCAGAAUCAAAUGCCAGACCUGGUGAUCAGAAUCACGGAGGCUCACACCGGAAACGCUGCACCCAGUGACUUCUCUGCUCUCCUCCCCCUCUCAUGCCAGGGUGAUGAAGACGGGGAUGAAGGUGACGCCGUGUGCCAAGUCAAAGAUUCAGAGGAGCCCAGCAACAAGCGGGUCAAACCUGUGGCCAAGUCCAACAGUGUGACCGGAGUCAUCAGUCCGGUCAAGACGCCGGCUCUCAAGCGCAUCGGCCUGUCCAUCUCGCGCUCCAUCAGCUUCCGCACGGACGUGCGACCGCUGCCCACGCCGCCGCUCCGCGCUCGCAAGGCCUCGUCCUUCCCCCGGCGACGCAACAGCCAGUGCUGGAGCGACACGGUGGAGAACCCCGACCUCACUGCCAGGGAGAUCAAGAGACAAGAGGUCAUCUAUGAGCUGACGGAGGGGGAGCGACAGCUGAUCGCGGACCUCAGCCUGGUCACCAAGGUCUACUACGAGCCCAUGCUGAAGCUGGACAUCCUGACGGAGAGCGAGCUCGGACAGAUCUUCGGCACGCUGGACUCUCUGAUCCCGCUUCACCAAGAUCUUCUGAGCCGCCUGGAGCGUCUGCGAGGGUCAGAGAAAACCGUGGGAGAGGUGGCACCGACGCUGCUGAACUGGUUCCCGUGUCUGGAGGCCUACGUCACCUACUGCUGCAACCAGGUGGGCGCCAAGUCUCUGCUGGACCAGAAGAAGAGCGAGAAGAGGGUGGAGCACUUCCUGCGCUUGUGCCAGGAGUCCUCCUUCAGCCGCAAACUGGACCUCUGGAACUUCCUGGAUCUGCCCAGGAGCCGUCUGGUCAAGUACCCCUUGUUGGUGAAGGAGAUCCAGAAGUGUACGCCUCCAGAGCACCCGGACGAGGACACGCUGCCUGAUGCUCUGGAGCUGAUCCAGAGCAUCGUGACGGAGGUGAACGAGAAGACUGGGGAGGCCGAGUGUCAGUUUUACAGACGGGCCCUGAACUACUCCGAAAGCAACCAGAGGCUCCCUGAGAUCCAGCAGUCCCGCUUCCUCUACUGCCACGGCGAGCUGAAGAGCAGCAAAGGCCAGCGGCUGCACGUGUUCCUGUUCGAGCUGGCGCUGGUGCUGACCCGGGCCGGGGAGGACCGAGACGGAGGCAGCGUGUUCCAAGUGUACCGACAGCCACUGCCCAACGUCCUGCUCAACCUGGAGGAGAUUCCCGACGGAGAGGCUGGAGGCGGGAGCUUCAGGGGCCACUUCACCGGGGGCAACGAUCGAGUGAGGAACUGCUUCCGUGUGAGCAGCAGGGGGCGCUCCAAGGCGCACUCCUACAACCUGCAGGCCAACGACUCCUUCAGCAGGCAGCAGUGGAUCAGCAGCCUGCGACAGGCCAUCGUCCAGUCCAGAGACCGGACCGUCGCCAGGUCGCCGGUGGCCCCGCCCCCUGACCCCGCCCUCUACCACAUGGCCGAACUCAGUCUCAGCUCCGACACAGAGAUGAGCGACCGCGGCGGCCACUGACCGGCGCAGCUUCGUGGCAUCACGGACCUCAGGUUCCCCCCCCCCCUCUUCCUGUGACAAAACACCGAGUCAUCUGGUGAGCGGUGGCGCCCUCUAGCGGCCGCUCAAACUGUGACGCCGUUGAAAGUGAACUUCACUCUGGCAUCAAUGGAUUUAAGUGACUGACCGGGCCCAGCUUGGUGUUGACUUCUGGACUCAGUGACAUUCCUGAGCCAGAGCAGCAGCGGAAGACGAAUAGGUGUCUCCCUCCAAUAAAGUGACUUGUUUUCCUCUCACGCGUCCUCCAGU